CUCUUUAAAGUCGCCGAAUUCUUCACGUUGAUCCAACGCUAUCGGGCCGCCCUCCUGAAACUUGUGCAUAUGUUUUGAGUUUAUUUCCGCUACUUCGCUGCUAAAAAACCGUUGUUUUCGAGCUACCACUCGUUGUUACAACUAGAAAAAACGCCAAGUGUACUACAUUACAAGCGCCAGCAUGUUGGCGUUCUUCCAUUUCAGUUUUACUACAUUCGUCCUCGCGGGUGCCUUUGCCCGACUCGCUCUCGGCGCCCGUGUAGGAUCUUGGACACAGCCGGUAGGCGGGGCGGCGGGGCCCAACACAGAUGUUGAAGUUCCUGCACCGACGCAGCAAGAAGUCCCCGGACACGUAGAUGAAGUCGCCCACGAGCUGCAGGGCGGACAGCACGACCGGCAGGUGGAACAUAACCAAGUACACGCACACCAGGCCCAGCCUACAAACCUUUCCACAGUAGAGGAGCUGCAACAACAGGAACAAUUGUCGUCGUGCAAAGGAUGGUUCUUGCCGCACUGCAGAUCCUCACGCCGGUACGCAGAAGAUCAACAUCCUUCAAGCUCUGCGCGCGCAAGAAAUGAAGGAGCAGAACAGGUCGCACCAAAACGUCAUACGCAAGAAGAUCAAACUGAGUUUGGCCAACCGUCUUCACCUGUUCCGCAGCUUCCAUCUGACUUGUUCGUCGUCCCAGGUGUGCCUUUUCGCAACUUCAGCCAAGAACAGGGCUUCUUUCAUCCCAUGUUGAUGCAGGAACGAAUGACGAGCCACAGUACCAGGGAUGAUUUUUCGGCUGCUGCUGCCCAGCCGGUGGUCCAGCAACAGCAGCAGCAGCGGCAGGAGAGUUUUUCUGUGCCGGCGCAGCAGGUCCAGCAUGGCUACAACACUCGACACGCUUGCAAUCAACCCGGGUUUAUUACUGCUGAUGGCUCUGCAGCUGCGGGCCAGCAAGAUGAGCAAGGACAACAACUACAGCAGCAACUGCAAGUUCCCCACCAGCAACAGAUCUUUCCUUGCGCCGUGGUUCUGAUGGGCAUCCCCAUCCCGGAUCCGCCCCCGUAUAUGGGAAACGAUCCCCAGCUCCAGCACAACCUUCUGCAGCUUCAAGAAAUAAGCGAACAGCAGGAAAGUGGUGGCACUGCCAACUUCAACUUGUCCUUCGAGGACCAUAGUCAACAACAUCCUGGACGGCCCGAUGCACAGCAGAAUUGUUCUACGACUAAUUUGUUCCAGCGACAAUGCUCGUCGCAGUCCCAGAUAUCGGCUGGGAGCGCAGCAGCUUCAGAAGGUGGAAAUUUUUAUAGCGGUCCACAAACAGGUUGUGGGAUGCGAAGCGAUCUGUUGCAACUCGACCAACUCGCGGAGGAGGUGAAAAGGCAGCUAACGCUCGGAGGCGCAAUGGCGGAGAGCGGCGGUAGUGCACAACGGGCCCCAGAAGGAAAUAUCAACGACAUGAGUAGGCCACAGGCCACCACGAGCACAACGGUGGCGCCGGGGGCUCCUGCACCUCAGCAUGAUAAUUGUCCGGUUUUUUAUCAGCAACAGCAGACUCAGUUCCACAUUUUUCCGCCAGCGUCAAACAUUUUUCCUGUGCAGCAGCAACAGGCAACUACGCAAGGCACACAGCAGCACCAGCCAUCUCAGAAUUUUCAAGUGCCAAGGUCGCAAGAACAUGCAGCACAGCAGUAUGCUGCUGCCCCAAUGGUCGCAGCUAACUCUUCAAGUACUUGCCUGCAACAAGGCGUAGUGGUCCACCCGGGAAUUGUGAACGCCUGUGCUGGUCCGCCUCCCGCUCCCGCCCUUGGUCACCAGUACGUGUAUGUGAUGCAAGUCGCUCCUUCGAGCGCGAUGUCGCAUCACAGCUUCUUAUCGUCUUCCGCUGCUGGCACGGAAGAUAGUAGCUGCUGUGCCAGCAGCAGCGCACCAGCCCUCGGGUCAACCUCGUCCGCGCCGGCAUCUUCAGAACCCCUGUCUCCGGUACUAGGGCCACCGGAUAAACAACUGCAGCGCCAGCAACUAGUGGAAGCAGCGCUAGGUAACGAUGAACGCCGACCCCGUUGUGGUACUGGUCCUCCGAUAGCAACGGCCCAUGCCCUGCCCUGCGCGCAAACCGGCAAACCUCGGGCACAGUUGCAUUUUCCCUCGCAAAAAUUUGACAUUGGGGUCAUGUCCGAGGCCAAACGCGAAAAGUUGAGAAACCUGCCACUGCAAAUGCCCCUCAUGCUCGACAAGAGGAGGGAUAGUUGGACGACCACGCCGGGAACAUCAGAUCCAGGAGCUGCUUCGUCGGCCGGAGCGCUUGCCGCUGCACCUGGAACUUCUACACGAAGAGCAACGGCCGCCACAGAAGGCGCUACAACUACUUCGUACCAAGGACAAUCUCUUUGCUCCGGGAGUAACUGCGUCAAACUGGUUUCCAAGGGUUCGGUCGGCCACCCCCGAACCUGCGCGCCGCCGUUAUGGCGUCCUCAACUGUUACAUUCUCAACUGUUACACGAUUUGUCAUGCAAAUUUACCACCAAGAUCGCCACGAUUAAGCUGCUUCGCAUGACAGAUAUCCGAAGGGCUACACAGCAUGGAAAUCUGUGCCAAAUCUGUAAUGCAAAAGGCGCAAGCUUGUCCCUUUGCCUUUGCUUUCACUUUUGCCGUUCUUGCAUUACAAAUUCGUGUAACAGUUGAGAAUGUAACACUUGAGAACGUCAUAGCCGUGCCCCUUUCACGACCAGUGUCUGCGGGGGGCCAACUGCGACUUUUGCCACGAGUGCUGGCCGAACCAGCUGCAGGAGCGGGAAUACACGAUCCCACGACAAAUGAUUUCGCGCGGAUCCGCCUCCGAGCCGGCCGCCCGGUUUCACACGAUGGGGUGCAGCUGCCAGAACGUCUGCCCCUACCAAGAUUGUGACCUCGGGGUGGACUGCGAGAUGUGCCACUGGUGCUUGCCAAACGAGUGGCAACUGAAACACGAGCAGAGUUACCGCUUGGAACUGCCCAUCAAACCGCUGCCGAAGCGUGAGUCGAAGGGUAACAAGGCUAGUGGCGGUAGUUCUUCUUCGUCUUCUUGCCGUCGUCCUGACGCGGCGGUCGUGCUCGCGGAAAAGAAGCAGAAAAAGAACAUCAUUGCUUCUACUUCAUCAUGUUCUUCUCACGCCGCACCGCCGGACGGAAAGUUAUCUGAUGCUCGGACGGAUGGCGGCGCAGAGGCUGGUGUUGCUGCUGCAACUUCGAGAGAAAAAGGACGACAAGAGGAGCAGCAAAAUUCUUGUACAUUUGCAGAAGAUGUUGCUGCCGAAAACGAGCUGGUAAUAAAGAAGAUGGCAGGAAGCCUUGCACCCUCAAAAGAUGAUCCAGCUGUAACGUAUGAAGAAGACCACACUGACGAUCGUACGACACAGGGCUGCAAGGCUGUCGACGGCGUCAACAAGUCACGCACUUCUGGUAAAGCUGAGGACCAAGGAACCGCUCCUGGAGGACCUCCUGUAGCACUACAAGCGGACGGACGAGUGCCGGUGUCUUUCCCAGAAGCCGCAGCCGCGGUGCAAUCCCGAGUACUACAGCUGCAGAAGAACCAAAUGGCGAACCAAAUAAAGAACCAAGAUGGCCGCGGUAAGAAAGGUGGCACCAGCAGGCGCGGCGGCACAGACACCGCCUCCUCCCAAAGUGCCGCUAGCUUCCUGUCCGCGCGAAGCCAGGAUAAGAAAGUACAAAAAACGACCACCGAUAUCGAUGUACCGCCAGCAGCAGGCCCUGGUCCCGCUGUUGAGACCGCUAGUAAAAAACCCUGUACGACUGCAAAACGCCCAGCAGCCCGGGGAGGUAAGAUUUUUUCCACAGCUUUUUAGGCUUGUUUGGCAGAAAGCCUGUAAGUAGGAAAGACAAGCAAAGAAGAUGAUGGUGGUGCAUGUUUUUUCUCGUAAAAAAUAGAAUCAUCUUCUGUGACUCUUUGCAAAAAAAUCACCAUCUUCUCCCAGCGCCGGAUGCCUGGGUAGCCACGAACUCCAAGUCAUCUGUUUGUGAGCAGCCCACGACUACGCCAGCUGCACAACCUCGGCCCCGCAAACCGCCACACCAAGUGCAAGCAGAUGAGUUUUGCGUGGAUUCUGCUGCCUUCCCGCCGUUAGCACCUUCACGAGGAAACAAGGCUUCUUGUGCCUCACCGGCCUCGACGUCUGCGACGACGUGGUCCUGCAAAAUAGAAAGCACUGACUUGAAACCAGUGCGCAAGAUUUCUAGCACCAGCACGAUGUUGGGAAGCGCUUCUAGCUGGACCACCUGCUCCCCGGCCAGGGACCAAUCGCCACCCGGCCAAGAAAUGGCAGAGGACCCAGACGCAGAACGAGAACAAGUGGCACUAUUGUUACGAGACAAAAGCCCAAUCCCGGUGAUGCGAUGGUGCGACGCUGUGGAAGAUGCGAAGGCAUGUGGCGAGGCCGGCAAUAGUGUAAAGUAAAAAAUCACGGCGAGGCGCGGCCAUGGCCUGCAUCAAUUAAUAUUUUCCUGGUCGCGCCGUGGUGUGCUGCACGCGAAAUUCCAAUUCUUAUGUUGGAUAGGAUUCCAAUGAAAAGCUUCUACAACUACUUUGAAUCACACCCUAAAUCCGACCGAUUAGGCAGCUAUUGUUCAUGUUGAUAAAAAAAGAUACAAAACCUUGUGCACUAGCUCUAUUGCAACGAAAUAAUUGCAAAAAUACUAUUACAAGAGACAAUCACAACCACAACCAACCAUGGUGGACCACGGAGUGAUUAUUUGCAAAUUACGUAUUCAUACAUUAUCGCACGCUACGGAUUACAGACAGGAUGAAAAUUAUCGCGCGCUACGGAACAUUUCUCUUGUGGAAGCGGAUUGAUUUUCUCGCGAUCACAUACCACAAAUAACGAUGAAUGAAGGCCAUGUCCAGUUCAUUGUUCAGACACCUGAGGAACC